UUCCCUAAACUGCCCUGCCUGCAUGGGGCGGUCACCCUGCUCGGGCUCCAUCCAGAUUAAGCAGCUCCAGAAGCCCCAGCUUCACCUGGCGGUGCGGACCCGGAGAACCAGUUUUCAGGCGCCACUCCCCAGGCCGAGUCGGGAGGUUAAUCGGAUGAAGUGAGCCGUGGGGGUCCAGGAGCGCGCCCAGCAGCCCGGUGGGCGGAGACGCCAGCGUGGGCGGGAUCAUGCCCAGGUCUGGGGUCAAGGUCCUGCCCCGGCGCCAGCACUCAGCCAUGGGAUCCACGCAGAAGAGUGCUCGCAGGCCCAGGGGACGCGCCUCGGCCACCGCCAGGGACUCCACGCUGCUUCUCCUCCUUGUAUGUUGGCUUCUGCAGACCUGUGAGCCGAAAUCACCGAACGCCUCCAAGCCAAACAUCCUGCUGAUCUUGGCAGAUGAUCUGGGCAUCGGGGAUGUUGGUUGCUAUGGGAACCGUACACUGAGGACCCCCAAUAUCGACCGGCUGGCGGAGGAGGGUGUGAGACUCACCCAGCACCUGGCGGCCGCCCCGCUCUGCACCCCGAGCAGAGCUGCCUUUCUCACCGGGAGAUAUGCCCUCCGAUCAGGAAUGGACAACGAUAAGUACCGGGUCCUCUACUGGAACGCGGCCUCUGGCGGGCUUCCUGCCAACGAAACCACUUUUGCAAAAAUCCUAAAGCAGCAAGGCUAUGCCACCGGCCUCGUAGGAAAGUGGCACCAGGGAGUGAGCUGCGCAUCCCGCGGGGACCACUGCCACCACCCGCUGAACCACGGCUUUGACUACUUCUACGGCCUGCCCUUCACCCUGAUCAACGACUGCGACCCCGACAGGCCCCCCGACCUGUGGGUCAGCGUGGCUGCCCGGUUCAGCCGCUACACCCGCGUCCUGGCUCUGGGCGUCCUGACGCUUGCCGCCGCCAAGCUCAGCGGCCUCCUCUCGGUUCCCUGGACGGUAGUUGGGGGCGCGGCCAGCCUCGUCUUCCUCUUCUUCAUCACGUGGUUCUCCAGCUGUGGGUUCGUGCGUCGCUGGAACUGCGUGCUCAUGCGGAACCACCAGGUCACCGAGCAGCCCAUGGAUGUGGGGAGCACCACCCGACGGAUGCUGCAGGAAGCCACGGCCUACAUCCAAAGAAACAAGGACAGGCCCUUUCUCCUCUUUGUGUCCCUGAUGCACGUCCACACUCCUCUGGUGACCUCGAAAGCCUUCCUUGGGAGAAGCCGCCAUGGUUUAUAUGGAGACAACGUGGAGGAGAUGGACUGGUUUGUAGGUAAAGUCCUCCACGCCCUUGACGAGAACGGUCUGAAGAACUCCACGCUCACCUAUUUUGCCUCUGAUCAUGGAGGGUUACUGGAGGCCACAGAAGAACACCAGCAGCUGGGGGGGUACAACGGGAUCUAUAAAGGUGGCAAAGGCAUGGGUGGCUGGGAAGGGGGCAUCCGAGUCCCUGGGAUCUUCCGGUGGCCUGGUGUGCUGCCCGCUGGCCGUGUGAUCCAGGAGCCCACCAGCCUGAUGGACGUGUUCCCCACCGUGGUCCAGCUGGGGGGCGGCCAGGUGCCCCAGGACAGGGUGAUUGACGGCCGCAGCCUGGUACCGCUGCUGCGAGGAGAUGUGGAGCACUCUGAGCACGAGUUCCUCUUCCACUACUGUGGACAGUUCCUGCACGCGGCCCGCUGGCACCACAGGGAGAGUGGGAGGCUCUGGAAGGUCCACUACACGACACCGAGGUUCCAGCCCGCGGGCUCGGGCGCCUGCGGGAACCAGCAUCUGUGCCCCUGCUCCGGGGACGGCGUCACCCAGCACAGCCCGCCCCUGCUCUUCGACCUCUCCAGCGACCCUUCCGAGGCCCGGCCACUGUCCCCCGACUCGGAGCCGCUGUUCCACGCCGUGGUCCAGCGCGUGGGCGAGGCCGUGGCGCGGCACCGGGGGACCCUGCGUCCUGUCCCGCAGCAGCUGACCCUGGGCAACGUCCUGUGGAAGCCGUGGCUGCAGCCCUGCUGCGGCACCUUCCCCUUCUGCUCCUGCAGCAGCGACGACGGGGACAGCUCCUCCCAAGAGCCAGCGCCAUGAGAAGGUGUCCCAGGGCCACCAGGGGACAGCGUCUCCAAGGAGACCCCUCCCCCGUUCCCCCCUUGAGGACCCUGCGGCAGCCGGGAGUGGGUCACUGAGCCAUCUUGCUCUGAGAGGAUUCCAGGGACCACCCCUCUCCUGACCCUGGGGUCUCACAGGGGCUGACUUCCUGUCCCCUCAGCUGCCAAUCACCACAGAGCUGCAUUGGGAACACCUAGCCUGACCACAGGCCAAGCAAACGGGUCUGCACCCAGUCCACUUAGGUUGGCCGAGUAAAGAUCCUGUUCUGUGCUUGGGAAUCAGUGAUCGCCGAGGAUUGACCCUCAUGGCCACCUCUUGGGGUCACUGUCUUGGUACCCUUGCUGUGUGACUUAGAAAUUGCCUCCAGGCUAUCCACAAAAGUCCCAGAGAAUAAGAAAACUUUCAACAAGAUUGCAGGAUAAUGUCUCCCAGGAAAUGGGAGGCCCAGAGGGACACAAGUUCAUCCCAACUUCCUGCUGUACUGCCCUAACUAUGGGAGAGUGGGCCCCCUGGUGUCAGGAGGGUUGCUGCAGCCCUGGCCCUCCCAUACCCAAUCCAGGCAAUAGGAUAGAGCCAGAACUAAGAGGCCUCCUCUCCUCUGAGUCUGUCCCUGUGAAGGAUAAUUAUCACAGAACCCACAACUUUUGGCUUUCAGCUCUCUGUAGAGAGAACCGGAAAUUGAGAAAUACCUGGCUCUCGUGAAGCAAGAGUAAGUCUCUGCGGCAUAUAAAUGAGAACAGCUUCCUUGAGUGGGCCGAGGUUUUUGAUGUAUCACUAAAACUGCCAGAAGAAACACCCUUUAUCUCAUCCUGCUGGGAAGCACACGCAAAUACCAGUACCUGUUAUUAGCAAAUGAUCAUCAAAAGAGCAGAAGGCCUCUGGAUGUAUGGUUUCCACCUUGGACAAAGCCCUAGAGCCUUCAGAUAGAUCAAAGAAAGGCACCUUGCAUGCUUCAAUUAUUUAAGGUCGCGGUGGCACACACCUGUAAUCCCACUGGCUCUGGAGGCUGAGGCAGGAGGAUCACCAGUUGGAGGCCAGCCUCGGCAACUUAGCAAGACUCCUGUCUCAAAUUUUUUUAAAAAGGGGGCUGGGGGUGUGGCUCAGUGGUUAAGCACCCCUGAGUUUAAAAAAUAAAUUAAAAAUCCAGAGCUUUCGUACCAGGGACCAAGUGAGAGCAGUAUUCGAGGGAACAGGGAGGCAGGGAGGUUUGUGAGGUCCUGCAGCACAGAAAUGCAACCCAGCUAACACAGAGUAAGCAUUAUUUCUUGCAUUGAUCCACAUAGCAAGGAAAUCAAGGGGCAAUCAGCACAUAUAGGUUUGGGGACUAGAAACUGACACUGGCUGAAUAGCCCUCUCUCAGUGAGCCUAUUCCAAUUUGCACAUGGCCUAACAUCCUAUAAGGGCCCCCUCUAACAUAUCUCUUAGCAUGUAAAUGUGGGUCUUGCUGAGGCCAGUUACUUCUGGGCGGGCAGCUAUGGUCAGAUCUCCCUGCACCUGUUCCCAGCUGUCCCAUUGCUGGUCUUGAACAAAGAACUUCUUUGGCGAGGGUCUUCCUGCCACUCAUCUCAAGCACAGGACAUGCAUUCCUGUUCUGUCUCUAGCCACCAACUUGAAAUUGGACCCAACCAAGGAGCCACUGUGAUACCCAGCCAUGGAAGCUUCUGUCAUCCAGAGAUCAGGGGGGCAGAGUGUCUCCCUGGGCGAGGGUCCCAGACAAGGGCGGAGGGUUCUGCUAACCAGGCAGCUGACCCUACCUGCCCUGGCUCUUAAAGUCCUUGGAGGGAAAUGAAUUAUAGGUAGAGGGUUUUGUUGUGGUUUAGAUCCAGAAUGUCCUUCAAAGUCUCUUGUGUUGAAAGUGUGGUCCCCAGGGCAAGAGUGCAGAGGUAGGCUUUGGGGAGGUGAUUGGAUCUCGAGAGCUCUGAGCUCAUCAGUGGGUUAGUCCAUUGAGGGCUGAACGGGUGACUGGGAGAUGGUAGGACAUGGAGCCUACUUGGAGGAAAUGCUUCCUUGGGGGUGUGGCCUUGGGGACUAUAUCCUGUCCCUGGCUUUUCUUCCCCCAUCUCUCCUUCCUCCUGCCCUGUCCUAAGCUGAGUUCCUCCUCCACACCCUUCCACCAUAAUGGUCUGCCUUACUUCAGACCCAGAGCCCUGAGCCAGCCAACUAUGGACAGAGAUCUGUGAAACUGUGAACCAAAAUAAAUCUAAGUUGCUUGGCUCAGGUAUUUUGUCACAGCAACAAAGAACUGAAGAACACAUUAUUCUUGUGCCUGACCCCUUCUCUCUCCAACCCCUGGCUUCCUGGCUGCCCUGUCCUGAGCUGCUCUCCUCUUCCAGGCCAUUCUGCCAUUUUGUUCUGUUCCCCUUGGGCCAGAGCCAUGGAGUCGGCCAACCAUGGACCAAAACUCGGACACCAGGAGCCAAAAUAAACCUUUCUUCCUCUCAA